AUGGCACGCAACUAUAAAGACGACGUGGAUGAUAGCGAUGAACAUGCCAUCCUGAUAAGUCGCGACGAUGUCAGUGAUUACAAUCCAGGCCAAAUAUUGCCACAACCGGAGAAAACCAUCCAGCAGAUUCGGGCCUGGCUCCAGCCCACCCCAUAUGAGAUCGCUGGAGGCGAAUAUCGCAAACAUCUGGCCACCCAUGCACCCGGCACAGGAGCCUGGCUGACCUCGAGCGCUGCAUACAAGCAAUGGCUUCAAGAUGAUCAGCACGGGCUGUUAUGGAUCAAAGGCAUUCCUGGCUCGGGGAAGUCUGUUAUAGCAGCCAACCUCAUCGACGAGCUGGCGAGGGAUAAUCCUGGAUCACCGGUCCUCUUCUUCUUCUUCCGUCAGAUCAUCCAAGCCAAUCAUAAGCCUGACGCUUUACUACGUGAUUGGCUUCAUCAGAUUUUGACUUAUAGCCCGCCCUUGCAGAAGAAGCUUAAAUCAGAUAUGGAGUCACGAAGCCUCGAAACUGUUUCUAUCGAUGAAUUGUGGACAAAUCUCCAUAUGGCUCUUUCCGGAAUUUCGGGAAGGGUGUUCUGCGUCGCUGAUGCUCUUGACGAAAUCGAUAAAGGCAAUGACUCAUUCCUUACGUCUCUUGCAUCGCUGGGGACGUGGAGGCCCGAUAAAGUCAAGGUUCUCAUCACAAGUCGCCCUGUUCCAACGGUUGAGGGACCUUUGAGGAAGUCUCCCGGUAUCCAAAUCCGUCUACAGGAGGACCUGGUUGAUAUUGAUAUACGAACCUAUGUCCAAUCCACUCUUUCCAAGUCCGCGAUCCCAAAGAGCGACUGGAAGACUAUCAUAGAUGCUGUUCCUGGCAAGGCUAAUGGUCUAUUUCUCUAUGCGAAAUUGGCUAUGGAUGCUUUUAUAGAGCCAGGUGCGGAUAUCGACCUGGUCUUAUCGAAAUUGCCUGUGGAUUUGAAUGUCUUGUACACAGGCCUCCUCAGAGACCAUUCCCAUCGAUCUGGAGUAGCCGAUAGCACUCAACGACUGAUUCUCCAGGCUGUCACCCACGCUAGGCGACCUCUGAGGCUGUUGGAGCUAGCUGAGAUGGUCAAGAGUAAUAAUCCGGAUGACCAAACACUGGAUUUGAAAGAUGCGAAGAAUCUAAUCCGGGCGGGCUGUGGUCCCUUGCUGGAGAUACUGGCAGAUGAGACGGUGUCCGUUAUUCAUCACUCGUUUACAGAGUAUCUCAAAGGAACCACUAGAUCGCAAGAAAUGUCCGGAUAUCCCAUUCUCGAAUCGGUAUCCUCUCAUACUCAGUUGGGAAUUGCCUGCCUAAACUAUUUGAUUACCGAGAACUUGGAACCUACAGCGAUGAACAAUGAAGAGUCAGAAGGCUUCAGGUAUCGACCUAUAAAAAAGGACACUGGCCUGCGCUUGAAAUUCCCAUUCUUCGAUUAUGCUGCAAGUAACUGGUCUCAUCAUUUCAAGGCAUCUGAAGCUGCUGGAGAAGACCAGGCAGAAAUCAACCUCAAGAUCCGCCAAUUUUUAGGCGAUGAAAAGAGAAUUGAGCCAUGGUUGCAGGCAAAGUGGGAAAGCUCGACGGAAAACGUCACGCAAGUUCAUAUCGCUGCUAGGCUUGGGCUGUUUUCCUAUCUCCGAGAGCUUCUUCAAACCAUGCCACCAGAUGAACCAGAUUCCAGCGGGAGAACUCCAAUUUGGUGGGCUGCUCGCAUGGGCCAUACAGAUAUCGUCCGGGAGCUGAUCAAGCUUGGAGCAAACCCAGACCAUGACGAAUCAACCAAGGGGUUAAAGCCGCUACAUGAGGCCGCAAAGAGGAACCAUGCAGAAACUGUUACAGCACUUCUAGAGGCUGGGGUGCACCCUCUUACGGAGCAAACUCGUGAGGACUAUGACUUCCGGUGGGCUCACGUGUUGGGGACAAUGGGGCAAACUGCUUUCGGUUUUGCGGUUGAGAAUGGCCACUUGGAAGCGGUGGAUGCCUUUCUGCCUUUCAUCAAGGAUAUCAAGAAAGUUCAACGAUACUUCAUGUUGGCGGCCUCCAGGUGUAGAGCCAAAGUGGUUGCUCGACUUCUUGAAGUCCCUGGAAUCAACGCCAACGAUCGGAAUGAUGGGCGCACUGCACUGCAGGCUGCCUGUAGCUGCGGAGACGCUGAGACGAUCGGGUGCCUUUUGAAGGCUGGGGCAGACCCUAACAACGUUUCCGACAACAAUGAUGACGGAAACGUCCUUCAUAUGCUAGCCGGGAUUUCGUAUGGAAUUGUGGACAAAAUACCGGAAAUAUUCCCACUUCUCGUCCAGGCAGGCGUUGACAUUCACGGGCGUGACUUCUAUGGGGGGACUCCUCUACAUGCGAUGGUCCACUCUCCAGUUUUCACACGACUUCUUCUUCAAACUGGAGCAGAUGCUAACGCAACUGACAAUGAUGGAGCCACACCCCUCCACCGCGUUAUGGAUAUAGAGUCCAUGUGUAUUCUUGUUGAGGAGGGACACGCAGAUAUCAACGCUGUCAGGCACGAUGGAGGGACUCCUCUUCAUGCCCUGCUUUCACGACCUCGUCCUGAAAUGACCGCCAAGUUCCUAGAAUAUGGUCCCGACUGCAGUGUCGUGGAUGGAUAUGGUAACGGGAUGCUGCAUUCCGAACUAACGGCUUACCAUGUUGAUAAAGAUAUUGUCGAAUCUUUGCUGAAGCUGGGGGCCGACCCAAACCUGAAGGACAACAAAGGGCUCACGCCUAUUCUCCGCGCCGCCGGUGGUGAGGUGGAGGAAGAGAUUAUAGAUCUCCUCAUCAAAGCUGGUGCUGAUGUAUGCGCAACAGACGAUCGUGGAGAAAAUGUUCUUUUCCGGCAGUUUGAUGGUUACACUGAUCGAGAAAAAGGAGCAUUCGACACCUGGGUUAAGAAAGGGGUACCGACGAUGAUCCGGGACCGGAUGGGCCGCACCCUUCUGCACACAGCCGUGGGAAGAUGUGGAUACAGUUACGGCAUAUCAGACCCAAUUGGCCCGAUUCUUGGGCUCGGGCUCGAUAUCAAUAGCGUUGACUAUGAUGGAAAUGGUUUGUUGCAUGAACUCGCUCGAGUUAAUCGAAACCACGGCAUAGGUCCUAGCGUGAAUAUGAUUUCCCACUGGGAAAGGUUACUGAGUCUCGGGUUGGACCUCGACCAGGCCAACUAUGAUGGACUCACUCCUUUGCAUAUCCUAUGCUCAGCAGACUUGUCGGACAAGUCUGAGUCCUCGCUUUUGAAAAAGGUUAUGCCAAUCGACUUCGUGAUUUCGAGGGUGAACAAUGUAGACAGAACAGACAAAUACGGUGCUACGCCGCUUCAUCGGGCUGUUACUAUCGGUGAGGUGUACACGAAAAGGCUUCUUGAAGCUGGCGCGAACCCGGCCAAAGCCACUCGCCAAGGCAUGACCCCUCUCCAUCUUGCUUCUAGAAGCAGACAGAGCAACGUAGUAGGCAUGCUACUGGAAGCCUUGAGAAGGAGGACCCCUUCAUCUACUCCGCCUGUGUUGGGAGUGGAUGCUGUUGUGUUUAAAUUAACAGACAGCUACGGCCCUAGUUAUGACCAGUAUUCCCAGAGCUACCUGGGCGAUGCUCUGUAUGCCUACCCUACCACUCCGCUGUUUUACGCCUGCCGAUCUGGGAGGCCAGAAACGGUAGCACUUCUUCUCGAAGCUGGUGCGGAUAUUAAAAAAGGAAAUGUUCUGCAUGCAUGUGCUGGUUUUGAAAGAGAGAAUGAGGUGUGGCAGGGUCUCCCGGAAUAUUCACGUGGAGACCAGAAACAGAUGCGUCUCACGGUGAUAGACGAAACGAUCCUUUUAGAUCCAAAAUGCCCACUCGUUCUAGAUACGCUGCAAGUGGACGAAACUGCCAGAUUGGAGGAAAUUCUGGAUAUGCUUGUCAAGCACGGGCUUGAUCCGGCUGAGAUUUCUCAUGUUGAUUGCUGUGCCCAGGCGGAAGAUGAGAUUACCAACAAGAACAGCAGCUUUAUUGACAGGGCUUUCUUCAAACAGGAUGAUUAUACAGGCGCUUGUUUCAGAGCCGCUUGCGAUUCAGCCAUAAAAGAGAAGGAAUUUCCGAUCAUAACUCCACUCGAAAGACUGCACUGUUCAUCAAAGAAUGCGGCUUAUCUGGAAUUGAGAUCUCCUGGACUCAUUAAAAAUAAAGCAUUGAGAUCUCCUAGAUACACUAAACAUGAAGAAGUCUAUCCAGAUACCCUAGUAUCCUUCUUGCGUAGAAGGGAGUAUCCAUUGGUUGAGGAGAUGGCAAGACUUGGUACACAGUUUUUGCCAACUUCUCCCCGUGAAGAAUCGAACUUUGCUAUUCUUGUCCAACAUGGUUAUUCUACUCUUAUUGAGAAAAUUGGUGCGAUUGUGGCAGGAAGAGAGAUAGAAAGAGGAAAUUGGCAUGCAUUUGGCGACAAGAAACGGCCAGGUCUUUGGCUCGCCAACCGGGAUAUCAUCCAGGAAGAUGAGGUCGUGGGGUCUGUUCUUCCUUUUUUGACCGCAGCCGUGAUGAGGGAGCUACCCAACAUGGAGAUUGUCAAACUGUUGGUGGAAAAGUUUCACGUGGAUGUCAAUGAGCUGGUUUCCGUUUAUGACCUCCAACCCGCGACUUAUGAAGGCACGGCUGGGGCUUCCGCUCUUCAUACAGUGUCUCUCGGCUGUCACUGGUGGCAAGUUCACCAAGCAUUGCCUUAUUUGCUUCGGUCGGGAGCUAAUAUAGACCUCCGAGACGCUGGGGGACGAACAGCCCUUCAUACUGCUCUUGGGCAAUAUCUGCAGCAGCCCUUCCAGCGGGAUGCUGCGCGACUGCUGGUUGAAGCAGGGGCAGAUGUCAAUGCAAUGGAUGGGUCAGGGGCGGACUGCCUUGCUUACGCUCGAGGCGAUUUUGAGAUGAGCAAGGUGCUCAUCUCUCGUGGAGCAGUUGUGACAGCAGAAUCAAUAUUCAGGGCAAUCGAUGCUGAGAGCGCGUCCACGCUCAAAGUACUCCUGUCUAGCGGUAUUAGUGCCAACACACGUCGAAUACCACCAUCUGAAGAUGAAUUGGCGUCCCAACGAAAGGGUGGUUUCCCUGAAGGAGAAGUGGGUUGGUCCCCGUUUGCAUGGGAAACAGAAGAUCACGAGCAAUUCCCACUAUUAUGUGCUGGAGCUAGUAGGCGCGAUAUAGCAAGGAACGAAAUGGUACAGGUGCUGCUCGACCACGGGGCUGAUCCAUUUGCCAAGUUCUUGACCCCAAGCCCAAUAACCUACGGUGAUACAGCACCUGAGAAUUUCCGAGAGGCCAUAGUCCUGCAUGAGUUGCUGUAUCAUGGCCUCGCGAUAGACCCUUUCUUCCAAAUUCCGCAGCUCGACAUACAUCGCCGAGAUGCUAGGGGUUGGACACUCCUUCUUGCAGCUUGUUCAGGCUGCCCGGAUAGCCUACUCUCACGGAAGCAGCAGGAAGAUAGCACAGAAGAAAUUGCAACGACGUUUCAAAAGCUGUUGUCAGUGGGUGCAGAUCUGGAAGCCUUGGACAACGCGGGGCGGAACAUUCUACAUUUAAUGAUUCGUCGUGACGAGGUUACUGGGUGGAACGAAAUGAGGCAGAUCCAGAACUCGCUGACUCAAAGUGUUCGAACGGCACCCCAUCUCAUGAACCAGAAGGAUAAUUCUGGGAACACCCCUCUCCAACUCGCCGUACUACGUAUGGUUGAGGGAUCAAAUCACCACCUCUCUCUAAGUAACCUUAAACUAACUGAAAUGCUCGUAUCUGCUGGAUCUGACUACCUGAUUACCGACAAACGUGGCAACAGUAUUCUUCACCUUCUUGCUGCCGGACUCAAAACAGAGGAAGAGCGUGGAUUCUUUGAACAGAUGGUACAACGGGGAAUGGACGUGAAUGGGCGGAAUGAGCAGGGAGAAACCCCACAAACUUCCGCAUCGGAUAGAGGGGCUUAA